AUGGACUCGAAACCUUCAAAACCGAGCCUAAAAUUAUCUUAUGAAGCAACAGUGCCUCAUAUUCGUCAACUACGACAACGUAUGGCGCAAAACUAUCUUCUUCUAUGGGUAGAUACCACCAUCGACGAAACAAAUGAAGAUUAUGAGAAUGCAUUGAAACAAAUACAAACUAUUAUUGGUGGUGUCAAUAUCUUUAACCAACGAGAUGCAUGCAUCGACUUUCUUACAGAUGCUCAAGGAGACAUCAAGUCUUCUCUCAUUGUCAAGGAUACUAUGUUUCAACAAAUAAUGCCUCUCAUUAACGAUAUUCCUCAGCUGGAUGGUGUUUAUAUCUACAAUGAUAAGAAAACUUUACACGAAGAAUGGACAGAAAAAUGGCAAAACAUCAAGAGUACUCAUACCAAUAUUGAUGACUUAUGUCAAGGAUUACAAUCGGAUGUCAAGCAAUACAAUCAAAACUCAAUUGCUAUGAGUUUUAUCACCGUAAAUGAAAUGGCUUUAACUGAAGAUUUAAAUCAACUGGAGCCAACUUUUAUGUACACACAAAUAUUCAAGGAUAUUCUUCUUGAUAUGAAACAUGAUGAACAGGCUAUCAAAAACUUUAUUAUUUACUGUCGACAGGAUAAUUCAAAGUCGAAAAUCAAUAUUAAUCUAUUUGAAAAAGAAUACCGAGCUCAAUCAGCUAUUUGGUGGUAUACCUACCCAUCGUUUAUCUAUUCUAUGCUCAAUGAUGGUCUUCGCUUUAUGGAAGGUGAUACCAUUAUUAAUAUGGGUUUCUUUAUUCAUGAUCUUCACCAUCAGAUCCAGCAACUAUAUCAACAGCAGGUUAAUAGUUAUCAUGGCAAACCAUUCAUAGUCUACCGAGGACAAGGUUUAUCUAAACCAAAUUUCGAAAAACUCCAAAAAACGGAAGGUGGACUAAUAUCAUUUAACAGUUUUUUGUCCACCAGUGCAGAUAAAGAAGUGUCUCUUCAAUUUGCCGAAUGCGCUUCGACAGACCCGAAUAUGGUGGCCAUUCUGUUUAUAAUUUCCAUUGAUCCUUGUCUAAAAUCAACGCCAUUUGCCUUUAUCAAUGAUCUGAGCCAUUGUAAAGAAGAAAAUGAAAUUCUCUUCUCAAUGCACACCGUGUUUCGUGUGGGUGCGAUUGAACACAUGAGCAAUGAGAAUCAACUUUAUCAAGUUGAAUUACAAUUAACCUCGGAUGAUGAUCAACAAUUACGAUUACUUACUGAUCGGAUACGAGAAGAAGUUGGUGAUAGUACUGGAUGGAAAAGAUUGGGUAAUUUAUUACUUAAAAUUGGGCAAUUUAAUAAAGCUGAAGAACUUUAUAACGUAUUACUCGAACAGACAUCUAAUGAUGGUGAAAAAGCGAUUUAUCACAAUCAGCAUGGAUAUGUAAAAGAUGCGCAGGGUGAUUAUGAGAAGGCUAUUUGGUAUUACGAAAAAGCACUUGAAAUCUAUCAAAAAACUCUUCCUCCAAAUCAUCCUCAUUUCGCUACUUCAUACAGCAAUAUCGGUAGUGCACACGACUACAUGGGAGAGUACUCGAAAGCACUUUCAUUUCACGAAAAGGCAUUCGAAAUUUAUCAAAAAACUCUUCCUCCAAAUCAUCCUGAUUUCGCAACUUCAUACAACAACAUCGGCUUGGUGUAUGACAAGCUGGGAGAGUACUUGAAAGCACUUUCAUUUUACGAAAAAGCACUUGGAAUCCAAGAAAAAACUCUUCCUUCAAAUCAUCCUAUGUUGGCUACUUCAUACAACAGCAUCGUUAAUGUGUAUACUAAAAUGGGAGAGUACUCGAAAGCACUUUCAUUUUAUGAAAAAGGACUUGAAAUUCGACAAAAAGCUCUUCCUCCAAAUCAUCCUGAUUUCGCCCAAUCAUACAACAACGUCGGUAGUGUGUAUUAUAACAUGGAAGAGUACCCGAAAGCACUUUCAAUUUACGAAAAAGCACUUGAAAUCUAUCAAAAAACUUUUCCUUCGAAUCAUCCUAAUUUGGCUACUUCAUACAACAACAUUGGUUUGGUGUAUUCCAAGAUGGGAGAGUGCUCGAAAGCACUUUCAUAUUACGAAAAAUCACUUGAAAUUCGACAAAAAACUCUUCCUCCAAAUCAUCCUGAUUACGCCCAGUCAUACAACAACAUUGGUAGUGUGUAUGAUGAUAUGGGAGAGUACUCGAAAGCACUUUCAAAUUACGGAAAAGCACUUGAAAUUCGACAAAAAACUCUUCCUUCACAUCAUCCUUCUUUGGCUAGUUCAUACAACAACAUUGGUUUGGUGUAUUACACCAUGGGAGAGUACUCGAAAGCACUUUCAUUACUCGAAAAAGCCCUUGAAAUCUAUCAAAAAACUCUUCCUCCAAAUCAUCGUUUAUUGAGUACUUCAUACAACAACAUUGGUGGUACGUAUGACAGCAUGGAAGAGUACUCGAAAGCACUUUCAUAUUACGAAAAAGCACUUGAAGUUGAACAAAAACUCCUUCCUUCGAAUCCUUCUGGUUUAGCAGCAUCAUACAACAACAUCGGUUUGCUAUAUUUCAAAAUGGGAGAGCACUCAAAAGCACUUUCAUAUUGCGAAAAAGCACUUAAAACCUAUCAAAAAACUCUUCCUUCGAAUCAUCCUAAUUUGGCUACUUCAUACAACAAUAUCGCUAGUAUACAUUAUAAUAUGAAAGACUAUUCGAAGGCUCUUUUAUUUUUCGAAAAAGCCCUUGAAAUUCAACAAAAAACCCUUCGUUCAAAUCAUCCUGACUUGGCUGGUUCAUUCAACAACCUCGGUCAUAUGUGUUAUAAUACGAAAGAAUAUGCGAAAGCACUGUCAUAUUUUGAACAUGCUCUGGACAUAUGGCAGCGUGCCUUACCUCCAACUCAUCCAAAUAUAAAAACUGUGAAAGAGAGUAUUAUAGUUGUAAAAAAGAAACUAUAA